AUGAUGGCGUGCCACGCCCCGAAUCUGACGGCUCUCUGUCCGCGGCUGCGUGAGUGGGCGGAGGAGCGACAUCUCGCGGUCGCCAUACCAUCUCCACCGGACUGUAUCUCCGACUUCCCCGAGCAGCAUCAUUCCUCGCCAUCGCUGCAAGAGCAGCGCCGCCUACUGCUCGGCUCCCGGUGCGGCACUCCCCGUUUCCUCUUCCGCCCCGCUUCCGCCGCUUUCUCAACUUCCGCCGCUUCCGCCAGUUCUUCCCCGCACCCGUCCGCCACCGUCCAUUCCGGCACCGGCCGCUUGAUGAAGCUGGCGCGAUGCGAUCUUCUCGGCUCGCGCUGCGGCACGCCGAGGCGCGCCACCGGAGCGGAUCCGCGGGCUUUUCACCACCGCGCGCGCAGCGUGACGUGGGACCUUCCGCGGGACGAGAUCCCCUUCUCGCACUCCAACCCCGUCCCCUCCCGCGGAUGUCUCCGCCUGCUGCGCGCGGACGUGCUGGGAUCGAAAUGCGGAACGCCCAAGUUCCGCGCACCCGCGGAGCCCGAAGCCAUCUGGAGCGUGUAA